CCUGGGCUCAGACACUAAAGGGUGCGUGUAUGACUAAUUUUUUUUUUUUUUUAAGCAACAAUUUAUGGUACAUUACGUAUUUAACAAGCUGUUUAUGCUUCACUGUUUGGUAUAUUAAAGUUAGAUGGGUUGGGUUAGACAAAUGGGAAUUGGUGGUUUUUUGGGUUUCUCUGAAAUUCCAGGUUGUACAACCCUUCCUGAAACUUGGGCUGUGCCGUACUUGUUUUGUGUCAUCUUCUCUAAGUUUCUGUCAAGUUUUCAGUUCAAUUAUGGCUGGUGACUCUUUGAUGACUUCUAAUGGCAAUGGAAAUGGACUGCCUGAUCCACGGAGGACUUACCAAGUGGUUGUGGCUGCAACCCGAGAUAUGGGUAUUGGUAAGGAUGGAAAACUGCCCUGGAAUUUACCUUCUGACCUCAAAUUUUUCAAGGAAAUCACUGUGAAAACCUCAGAUCCUGGGAAAAAGAAUGCGGUUCUAAUGGGUAGGAAAACAUGGGAGAGUAUCCCCGUUGAGAAACGGCCUCUACCUGGUCGCCUUAAUGUUGUUCUGACUCGCUCUGGGAGUUUUGACAUUGCAACUGCAGAAAAUGUUUUAAUAUGCGGAAGUGUGGCUUCUGCUUUGGAGUUGUUAGCUGCUGCACCUUACUGUCUGUCAAUUGAAAAAGUGUUUGUUAUUGGAGGUGGCGAGAUAUUGAGGGAAACUAUCAAUGCACCUGGAUGUGAUGCUAUCCACAUUUCAGAAAUUGAGACAAGCAUUGAAUGUGACACAUUCAUGCCUGCGAUUGAUUACUCUGUAUUUCAGCCAUGGUACUCAUCCUUUCCUGUGGUGGAAAAUAACAUACGACAUUCCUUCACAACUUAUGUUCGCGUUAGGAGUUCUGCAGUUGAAUCCCUUGGUCAAAAUGGUGAUCUGAACUUCGAUAGUGGGUCGGAGACUGGUAAGUUUGAGGUAGAGAAAUUCUCUUUCCUGCCCAAGACAAUCUUUGAGAGUCAUGAGGAGUACAUGUAUCUUAGAUUGGUUCAAGAAAUCAUCUCAGAUGGAAAUCCUAAGGAUGACAGGACAGGGACUGGUACUUGGUCAAAGUUUGGCUCCCAGAUGCGGUUCAAUCUGCGCAGAACUUUCCCACUUCUUACUACCAAGAAAGUAUUUUGGCGAGGUGUCAUUGAAGAACUUCUAUGGUUUAUCAGUGGUUCAACAAAUGCAAAGGUCCUUCAGGAAAAAGGCAUUCAUAUAUGGGAUGGAAAUGCUUCCAGAGAUUACCUUGAUAGUAUCGGUUUGACAGACAGGGAGGAGGGUGACUUAGGACCUGUAUAUGGGUUCCAGUGGAGACAUUUUGGUGCUAGGUAUACUGAUAUGCAUGCUGACUACUCUGGCCAAGGAUUUGAUCAAUUGUUUGAUGUUAUUCACAAGAUUAAAAAUAAUCCUGAUGACCGACGGAUAAUACUCUCAGCAUGGAAUCCUUCUGAUCUCAAAUUGAUGGCUCUUCCACCUUGCCACAUGUUUGCACAGUUUUAUGUGGCCAAUGGUGAGUUAUCGUGUCAAAUGUAUCAGCGCUCUGCUGACAUGGGCCUCGGUGUGCCAUUCAACAUCGCAUCUUAUGCUCUCCUGACAUGCAUGAUUGCUCAUGUUUGUGAUCUUGUUCCAGGUGAUUUCAUCCAUGUUAUUGGGGAUGCUCAUGUUUAUCGCACUCAUAUCCGGCCUCUACAGGAGCAGCUUCAGAAACUCCCUAAGCCUUUUCCAAUUUUGAAGAUAAAUCCUGAGAAGAAGAAUAUAGAUUCUUUUGUGGCAGCUGAUUUCAAACUUGUAGGUUAUGAUCCUCACCAGAAGAUAGAAAUGAAAAUGGCAGUUUAGACAUCUCAUAAAGGUUCUCACUAAAAAAGCAUAGAGAAAAGUACCUCCUUCAGGCAAUGUUAGCACCUAGUUUUUGAGGAACACCUGUUGGAGGUUUAUGUUGCUAUUGAGUUCUAUACAAAUAAAGAACUACUAGUAUAUUAUACUUAAAACUAGGAACUGCAGUAAGAGAGAAUCCUUUAGUUCCAGUGUUUGGUGGAUCUAAGGUGAUUUAGUUUAUCAGUAGCUUCUUACAGUUCAUGUUCAUUUCUCCAUUUUACAAGGAGCUAUCACUUUCUUAACAGCUGCAAAUACUCUGAAAGUAGCUGGUAUCUUGAUAUUGUUGUUGAAAAUAGAAUUUGGAUCUUGAAUUCUCUUGGACUGGUUUAUCUGGUGUAUUAUUUUUAUAAAAACAGUUGCUUGGACUUUAAAAGUUUGGUAGAGAUGAUUUGGAAGUGAUUUGAUGAUCAAUCAUCAAUUUCAGCAA